AUGAUUCAGUUUGAUCCGGACCGAGACCACCUCUUCUGGUCGGACCGAAUUUUGGUCUGUUGGUCCGGACUGUGGUCCGAGGCAGCUUUCACACCUGCUAUUUUGGUUCGGACCAAACUGAAAAGUCUGAAAGUCUGGACCAAACAAGAGGCAAAAGACGACACCAACAACCUCCUUUAUGGCUAUACCAGACAUCAAACACAGAGCCUAAUUGAAGAGCAUUUAGAUGGACGAGAUUAUAAAACCUAUACAUUCCAGAAUGACGAAGACUCUGGUCCCUUGCCAUUUGUCAUAAGUGAUGUAAUGGGUCUGGAAACAACAGAAUCUGGGGGGGUGCACUCUGAUGACAUCAUUAAUAUAUUGAAAGGCCACAUCAAGGAAGAUUACAAGUUUAAUCCAGGUGCUCCAUUGUCUGAACAUGACAUAGGGUAUAACCAGAAUCCCCAUGUGACAGAUAAAGUUCACUGCUUGAUAAGCAUAAUUCCAGCAGACAAAAUCUCUCUGAUGCAAAAUGGUGUCAUCGAGAAAAUGAGGACUAUCAGAGAGAAAGCCCGUGAUUUAGGGAUUCCUCAAGUGGUUAUAAUGACAAAGGUGGAUGAGGCAUGCCAACUGGUGAAGAACGAUAUGAAAAAGAUUUACACCAGCACCAAAAUCAGACAGAAAAUGGAUGAGUGCCACAGUAAAUUGGGUGUCCCAUUGAAUUGUAUUUUUCCCGUGAAGAAUUACCAUGAAGAAACCUCACUGAAUCCAGAAGUGGAUUGUGUGAUCCUUGAUGCUCUGAAGCACAUCUUGAAUUUUGCUCAUGACUGUAUGAUCACUCUAGUGCCACCAGUCAAGCAAUAG